UAAUGCCAAAUUUCUUUCACGUCAAACCGCGACCGACUGCGUGGUGAACGAUCCGUGUUCCCGUACCAAAAAGCGGUCCAAAAGCCCCGUACAAGCGUCCGGAACUACUCGCAACCAGUGACCAGCGGACGGCACCAUGUCCCGGUAUAUGCAGCGGCCGGAAAAUGCCCUCAAAAGGGCCAACGAGUUCAUCGAGGUUGGCAAGCCAGCCCGAGCCCUGGACACGCUCCAGGAGGUGUUUCGCAUCAAGAAAUGGACGUACACCUGGUCGGAGGCCGUGAUCGAGCCAAUCAUGUUCAAGUAUCUGGAUCUGUGCGUGGAGCUGAAAAAGUCGCACAUCGCGAAGGAGGGCCUGUUCCAGUACCGGAACAUGUUCCAGAUGUUGAACGUGGGCUCGCUGGAGAAUGUGAUCCGCGGGUAUCUGAAGAUGGCGGAGGAGCGGACGGAGGCCGCCCAGCAGCAGUCUUCGCAAGCGAUUCUGGACAUUGACGAUUUGGACAAUUUGGCCACGCCGGAGUCGAUUCUGAUGAGUGCCGUGUGCGGUGAGGACGCGCAGGAUCGUUCGGAUCGGACGAUUUUGCUGCCGUGGGUCAAGUUUUUGUGGGAGAGUUAUGGGCAGUGUUUGGAGCUGUUGAAGGUCAACUCGCACUGCGAGAAUUUGUACCACGACAUUGCCAAGAUGGCAUUUGCGUUCUGUCUGAAGUACAACCGUAAGAUGGAGUUCCGCAAGUUGUGCGAGAAGCUGCGCAAGCACUUGGACGACAUCAGCAAGGUGAGCUCGCAGACGGCCAACGUGAGCAUCUCGAAGCCGGAGACGCAGCAGCUGAACUUGGACACGCGUCUAAACCAGCUGGAUUGCGCCAUCCAGAUGGAGCUGUGGCUGGAGGCUUACAAGGCCAUCGAGGAUAUUCAUGGGUUGAUGACGCUGUCGAAGAAGACGCCGAUGCCCAAGACGAUGGCGUUGUAUUACCAGAAGUUGGCUAUGGUCUUCUGGAAGGCCGGCAAUCAGCUGUUCCACGCCGCGGCUCUGCUCAAGCUGUUCCAGCUGUCCCGUGACAUGAAGAAGAACGUCACCCAGGAGGAAAUCCAACGCAUGACGUCGCACGUGUUGAUUGCCACUCUGGCGAUUCCGCUUCCGUCGGCCCAUCCGGAGUUUGAUCGGUUCAUCGAGACGGACAAGAGUCCGCUGGAGAAGGCCCAAAAGUUGGCCGUCCUGCUCGGUCUGCAGCAGCCGCCGUCUCGUGUGUCCCUGCUGAAGGAGGUCCUCCGUCUGAACGUGCUGCAGCUGGCCGCUCCUCAGUUCCAGAACCUGUACAAAUGGCUCGAGGUUGAGUUCGACCCGUUAAACCUGUGCUCUCGCGUCCAGGGCGUCAUCGAGGAGAUCACCGCCGAUGAGAACAGUCCGUAUACUCAGUACACGCAGGCCCUGCAGGACGUCACGUUGGUGCGCCUCGUUCGCCAAGUGUCCCAGGUCUACCAAUCGAUCGAGUUCUCGCGCUUCCUGUCGCUGGCCAAGUUCGCCAACAGCUUCUACCUGGAGCGCAUCCUCGUCGACUGUGUCCGCCACAACGACAUGCAAAUUACGAUCGAUCAUCGCAACCACUCGGUCCACUUUGGCACCGACCUGAGCGAGUCAGCGCGAGGAUCACCGGACGGGCCGACGCUGCAGUCGAUGCCCUCGGAGCAGGUCCGUUCGCAGCUGGUCAACAUGUCGGUUGUGCUGCACCGCGCCAUCGCCACGAUCAACCCGAACCGCAAGAAGGCCGACCGCGAACGUCUGCGCAACCAGAUGGUCAAGAACUACGAGGAGAACAUGGUCAAGGACCACCAGCGCAUUCUGCAGCGCCAGAAGAAGAUCGAAGACCGCAAGGAGUACAUCGAGCGGGUCAACCUGGAGCGCGAAGAGCUGGAACAGCGCCAACUGGAGGAACACUGUUCCCAAGCAUACCAGUAA